AUGCCAGGUGGAGUUGUCACGCCGCCGUCGGUGGAUCGCCGGUCGCGUCCAGCUAGUGAGCAGCUGUUUUUAAAAGACAUACAUAAAGAGGAUAAAGCGGUCGAGAGGCAGGUCAGUGUAAAGAGGGAAUGUCCCAAUUCAGCAGCAACAGAGUAUAGUGUAGAGACAUUCCAGGGUAGGGUACCUGAGGUGGGGGAGAUAGCAACAUAUCAGAGAUGUUCCAUAAAUACAGAUAAUAUGCCCUCCAUGCUUCCGAUAGCGCUCCGUCACAAUCAAAAUAAUUUUGAAGGUGCAUUACAAGAGAGUGACGGUACAAACUGUGUUGAGAGGGAGAUUUCUAUGAGUAAGGGUUAUGUGAAUUAUCAGUUUUUAGAACAAAGUGCAUCACAUCAGUCUAUUGUGAACCAGAGUAUAAACAUACUGAAUCAGCAAGUGGGUGUGAGUAGGACAGUAGUUAGUGAGGGGGAGAGUGGUGCACAGCUAGUGCGGACUCCGGACGGUGUGGUGUUAGCUGUACUGCCAUCAUCUGCUCCAAACACCAGUGAGACAGCGGACCUUAGGACUGCACAGGGUGAAUUUCCACAGACUAUAACUGUGCCAUUGGGCUGGAAACGGAUUGUGAGUGGUUCUUCAGUUAUGUACUUUAGUCCUAGCGGUACAGUGCUGAGUGCCCUCUCUCAACUCCGGGAGUACUUACAAACGGCGGGGACGUGUAAGUGCGGGCUGCCCUGUCCGCUCAGACCUGAGACAGCUUUCAGUUUUGAUCCAAAGGUGGUGAGCAAGCAGUACCAGCCGGCAUCGGGGGCGGAGUUGACGAAGUUGUGCAACCACAAGCGGAAACUGCUGGCGACGCUGCAGGCGCGCGCGCACUCGCCCGCCACUCCGCCCCCGCUCCAGCCGACGCACCAGCCCUCGCACACUCCGCACCAACCCCACCAUAACAUGGAACAAAAGAAAGGUGCAGAAUUAGGUGGUAAGAAAAAGACGAAGAAGAGAGCCGGUUACAUAUCUAACAUAAAUAUAUCCCCGCUGCUGGCGCAAAAGGAUAAAGCCCCCGGCGACUUUAAGAAUCAAGAGAUGGAGCAAAAGCGCACCGUGUCCCCGGGCACAAUGGUACAGCGCGGCGGUGCUGGCGGUGUGCAGACUUGCCCGCCCGGCUACAUGCAGCAGAACAUGCUUAAUGUAGUCGGACCAGAUGGAGACUACAAACAGGAAACACUCAUACAGAGGAGCUUGCACUAUCUCACUGUCAACAAUGGCUGGAUCACGCAACAGUCGGACAACGGCGAACCUCAUAAACACAACCAACAUUCUAUCAAUAACUCUGUAAAUGUUGGUCUGCCAGUAUUAGGCACUAACGGACAAAUAAUAGGAGUAAAUACAGGAUUCAAUAAACAAACUACUAAUCCGAAGAAUAUUAUAAGUAUCCCUUCGCAGAAUAUGAUAGAACAAGAUCACAAAGAUGAUAAAAAGGAGAUGUACUCGCAAAUGCAUCAAAUCAGGCAACAUACAAAGGAUGACGAUUCGCAAGUUUUUUGCGGCUUAAAUCAAGCUUUGACGCCAGAAGUGAUGCAGAAGAUAAACGAGCAACAGCAGAUAUUCAUACAACAGAACCAGAAGCAAAUAGAGAUGGCCAUGAAAGGCUUUAAACCACAACUAGCCGAUAAUGGCACCAAUAAGCAGCAAGGGCAGUACGUUCCUCAAAGUCAACUGGUUAUACAGAACGGGGCGGUAGUAAAAACUAAUUCAGCCAAGACACCGCCCUGGCAAGUGAAGAGAAACGAUGCUAAUGCAUCCAUGACGAGUCCUAGCCCUAAGCCCCAAAAGAUGGACAGUUUAGAAUUUGACGAGCAGGGCGCAAGUGCUGUCGAUGAAUCGUCAAAAACCUUCAAUUCAUUCUCGGGUCAAGAUAAUAUGUCCCAGGCAAUGUGCCCACGCGUGCCGCCGCUACCUCAGCACUACAACAUGAUGAGUCAGCAGUGGCCGGCACUCGAACAUACCAAGAAAAAGACGAAAGGCAACAAUAAGGCGCCUAAAAAGAAAUUUACCGCAAAUGAGACCAAAACCAUGUACGGUAACAACGGUGUGAGAUAUGUUCAAGAUUCAAAAGGUAAAACAUGUGAAGAUGUUGUAAUGAAUAAUGUUCCUUCUUUCAUGGACGAUCCCAACGGAUAUUUGGCACAACAAACCGUUUUACUAAACAAUACCAUUUCAAAACAAGUCGGCAUCAGCUCCUCUUAUGACAGUUCCCAAUUUGACACUUCUACCAAUUCGUACAGUUCUCAUAGUCAAAACGAUAAGCAUUGCAAGCCAGUCAAUAAAUCAAGUGAAAUGAUUAAUAUAUUCAAAAGUAAUAUGGUGCCAAAUUCUUCAUCUUCGCCAAAUAACACACCGGACAGUAGCUUAAUACCCGAAAAAGGUGCAGAGAACUCAUUGUCACAGUGUUGUAAAGGAUGUAAUAAUCCCUAUAAGGGUAAUUGCACGGACUAUCACGAAAAUCAUAUGCGGGCGAAAUAUUUGAAGCAUAAUAUGUCCUCAAUGGAGUUAGAUCCGAGGACUUCUAGCCCUAAACAUGGAUUCGAUGACAAUCCAGUGACGUCGUCCACUUUUAUUGAUCGGCAGAUAGAUGUCAAGAAUGGACAGAACUUCGUUCAAGGUAUGACGAUGCUUUCGCCGGAAAGCUUGAAGAAAAGGAGCAAAAAGAAGAAGAACCAAUCUGCUAACAUAACAAACGUUUUACAAAUAACGGCGCCGCAGCAGAACCCUAGUAAUAUAAUGGUGCACUCGUCUCCGCAGCACAACUCUAGUCCGCAGUUCUCGCCGCGCGGCUUCCAACUUUCCCCGACCAAUAAUCUUUCCCCCACUCCCAUGUUGCAAGCGUUGACUAUAGUGCCCGGCAAGUCGGGCACGCCGGCGCAUAUCGUGAUGAACGGACAGGGAAACACUAACAACUUUGGAUCGCAACAGAUAAUAGCGAAUACAUCGCCAUCGCAGCAGAUAAACCUCUUGCAGCCCGUCAAUUUGAUCAACAAUACGACUAGUGUCAUGUCAAACUUCCCCGCGUUCCAACAAUUCAUCGUGCCCAACCUCGGCGGUAUGGUGAUGACUGCGGACGGUACGGCGAUCAUUCAAGACAACGCUACAGGCAUGCCGAUGCAGCUGCAGCUGCAGACGGUGAACGGGCAGAACGUGCUGACGCCGGUGCAGAACGCGGGCGUGUUCGCCGCGGGCGGCAACAGCGGAGUUGUGCUUCGCGCACAGAACCAGCAAGGCAAGCUAAUACAGUCGCAGCCUAGUCCCGGCGCACAGUUCCUAUCCCCCAACAACCAGGUCAUGAUGAGCAGCCCCAACUUCAACGGCCAGCUGAGCCCUCUACUCGCUAAUUUAAGUCCCACAAAUGUCACCUUCAACACGAGUCCGCACCAGGUGAGGACGGGAAACGUGCAAACGCAAGAAUUCAUACAGACCAAUCAGAUGGGACAAACGUUAAUGGUUCCCUUGUCACCUAACAAGCAGGCGUCCCUGGCUUCGGCGUCGAACAACAGAAGCAACUCGACCUUCGUCCAACAGAACACGACGAUCGUUCAGCAACAAACAACACUAGUGUCGAAUUCCCACAACGCUCAGAUGUCGUGUCAAACUAAUUUACACGGAGGCAAUUCCUCGCGUCUCAGCAUUGACCCGAGUCUACUUCUGGCGCAUAAACAAAUAAAUCAAAAAGGGAGAAGUUUUGUCCAAAUGGCAACAGAAAAUAACCAAAUCGAAGAAAUAAAAGAGGACAAACACACAUCGGCCGCCUUCGGUCAGUUGCCGAACGAGCCCGAAGCUAAGAUGGACAACGAUGGAUAUGUGAGAUUUAUGAACGAGUUCAAUCCUUUGCUGGGUCCAGGGACGUUUAACAGUCACGUGCGUCACUCGGUGUCGACACAGACGUUGGUGAACCAGCAACGUGGUAAAUCCCCCAACAACCAGGCGGUAUCGGGGAGCAGUCCGCCCGACACGACGACGCACAGUCCGCUGGGCGCGCUGGAGACGGCGUGCAGUCCGCGUGUGUACGGCGCGCGGUGCAUGUCCACGCAGGCCAACUACGCCGACACCACCACCAAGUCGCCCGAGCCCGCGGACAUUAACUCAUCGGGCAUGGUUCAGUGUGUGUCGAGCAGCGAGCAAGACAUAGCGGAGUCCCGAGAGCGCGCCUGGCCCACGACUAGACACGAUGUCAAUUCCGACACCGAUAAUACUAAUAUGAUCUCAAACGUACCGAUGAUGAGACAAAAUCGGUCGCAUCCAGUAGAAACGUCAGAGAUGCAUUACAAUCAGAACAUGACAACUCCGCUCAGCCACCAGCACCAGCACGUCAUGCCGAUGACGUCCAACUAUUACGACAGACAACAAAGUUAUAAACGGAAGAACGAAUUCGGUGACGGUUCCUCGUACAGAAGUGAUAAAAUAAUGAGAUCCAAUUAUAACAUGGUGCACGGCGCUAAAGACUCCGAGUAUGACCUUGUGAUGACCUCGCCGGGGAAAUCACAAAGACAUUACCCCACUUCGGGGUCCUCCACUGCGCCCAUGCAAAAAGUAUUCGAUAGACAUAACUUAGGUUCCGGAGAUGAUACGAAGAGCGGAGACGAGUCCGACGGGAAGGGGGGCGAGGUUAGCGAGUGCGUGCACAAGUUCGAUGUGGGGGAGCUGGUGUGGGGGCCCGUGAAGGGGUACGCGUCUUGGCCGGGCAAGCUGGAGGCGCGCAAUGCCGACGGCCGGUGGAGCGUGCGCUGGUUCGGUGCCGACAAGACGCUCGGCUGCGUCGAACAUUCGCGCCUGCUGACGCUCAGCGAGGGCCUCGAGGCGCAUCACGCCGCGCGCACCAAGCACAGGAAGAGUAGAAAAUUGAAUGCGUUGCUAGAAAACGCUAUACAAGAGGCAAUGGCGGAACUCGAUAAGAAAUGCGAUAGAUCCGGUGCGAGCAGAGUUAGUGAAGAUUCUAAUGUGGGCACAUCUUUUACGGACACACCUAAAAGAAGCAAGAAACAUGAUAAGAUCAGAAGCAAAGAGAAGUAUAGGAAAGCUCAGCCGAGGGUCGACGGCACCAGGUUGAGAAGUUCUCGAUGACAGUUGAAAUAACAGUUUUGUGUUGGUUCCAGGGAUGCCAGAGUUUUUUUUAUAUGUGAGCAUUUUAAUGUGUUUGUUUCUUGAAGAUUUGGGGUGCUAACGAGGAAUAAACCAGCAAAAUUAUAUCGAAAUAUAUAUUUGAUUAAUAAUAAUAUGAUAGUGGAAUGUCUAUUAGGACAAUUGCGUUGUGUUAUUAUUUAAGAUUGUUUAUGAAUGUGUAAAUAAUGUUAGCGCACUCACUAAGGCAUUCCAUUUUUAUUUGGAUUUGUGUCGAUAUUUUAAUGAAAUUAUAAAAGAAAUGAAUUAUGAUUUACAUUUGACGGUAUUCAAAAUAGAUUCAUUAUUAUAGAUACAAUGUAAAGAAUGUAGUGUUUAUGUGUAGCAUAUGUGGUUUUGAAUCACUGUUGUUCCACUAUAAUUUUAUAGGUGUAAGAGAUUUUAACAUGAAAUAGGUCCUGUCUAUAUAUCUAAAGUUUGGUGCGUCAUACAAAUUGUUAAACCAACAUUCCUAUGAGCAAUUAGUUGGUAAAAAUAAAUAAUAAAGUAAACAUAAUAAAUGUUAUUGCACGAGAAUCGUACAAAAAUAUCUGUCUUUAUAAGUGUGAAUUUUAACAAUUUGUGUAGACGUUCCAGUUUAAAUACAUUUCAUCGAUGUUUGUACAAUUUUUAUUGAACUGUAAAUUGAUAAGAAGAAAUCGUUAUAUAUCGUGUACAUUUUGUUUUGUUAGAAAGUAAAAAAUUAUGAUUUCUAGUCAAAAUAUUGAGCAUAUUAAAGUGUAGAUAUUACGGACGAUGUAAUUGACAAUAACACUGGCCUGGCGACCUGUCAACAUAUUAAUAAGUACAGUAUGUGUACAUUAUAUUUAUUACUUUCGACUUUACUGUCAUUUUUUGCAAAUGUAAUUUCGUUAGUAUUUUUUGUAAUGCAAUAGUUAAAUAGUUUGCUAUGAAUUUAAGGUAAGAUUUGAGAAAUGCAUAUUACCGUGAAUUUCAACUAUCCCAACACUUGUACAGACAUACUAUUGUCGUCCCUUACCUUCUAUUUAAAAAAGUGAGAUAACGAUAUGUCUUUGUACGGGUAAUCAUUGGAAAGUCACGGUUAGGUUUCGGGUAAUGAUGACAGCUGUCACUUUUUUUUAUUUCAAAAUUAUACAAAAUUUUGUCAAACGGGAACCUUGACGAUAUACCAGCUAAUAAUUUUUUUUAUUAAUGUAGACCUGAACACUUUAAACAAAUAUCUUCUAUAUAGAUUAGCAAAACUAUAAAUUAUAUAUUUUAAGGAGUAUAACUACAGAUUAAAAAAUGUUGAUUUCUAAAUAUAAAUGUCAAGGUUCGUAAAGCCAAAAUAUUGUAAGAGUUUGAACAAAACAUAUUUUAUUGUGAUAAAUAUAAAAUGAAUUAUUGAAGACAUUCGAGAUUUAUUUUUAGCUUAAGUUCUAAGCUGAUAUUUAGUGCAUCACAUUUCAGUACCUUUUUUACGUUUUAAUUUUUAAAAUUAAGAUUUUUCACUAUAAGUGUCGAUUAAAUAAUAAGUUUUCGAUUAUGGUACAAGGGAGAUUAUUUUAAAACAUUUCUAAAAUGAUUUUUAAUCACAAUAUGCAGAUAAUAUCUAGGUAAAAAAUUUCUAAAACUCUGUAGGUAGAAUGUUAAUUAUAGUUCAUUACAUAAAUACAUUUUGUUAGGUAAUUUGUUAUAACAGUCAUUGUUAGGUAAUAUUAUCGAUGUGUGAAAUUAAUUUAUGUGAUCUUUGAGAACGAGUCCGGAUAAUAUAUCAUAGCUUACUGUUUUUAUAUUAAUGUAUUUUAACCAUAGGGAUUCAACUUAAUUUUCCUAAACGAUAAAUGACUCCCGAUAUCAACAUAAUAAUAAAUGUUAAAUCGAUAUUGUUUAUUGAAACGAAUAGCACUUCCCUAUGAGAUGGUAUUAUGUACAUAAUCUAACUGUAGUUAUGUAUAGUAUUUUAUUUCAAUGAAAUUAAUGUUUUAUAGACUAAUA